GCGGACGAAUCCAAGCCAAGCGGAGCAGCUGUUUAUCGCGUCGUCGCCAUUGUUGUUUGCUCUCUCGUUCUCGCGUUCCCUUCCAGUCUCGCUCGAUUCUCGUGGCGCGUGGACGUUUGCGUUGCGCCAGGAAAAUACAUCACGGUUUCCUUCUUUGUCCAGAUAUUGUAAUCUGGAAACGAAGGAGCAAGCUCGUGCUUGCCUACACGUUUGAAAACUUACCGUUGCGUGUGUGAAAUAACUUGUGAAAUCUGCUGGUGUAUCCCGUCGUGUGUGUGCGUUCAGUGAUUCCCGCAUAGUCGUUCGAGCAUGAAUAAUAAAGAAGCAGCCGGUGAUCUCGUCGCGUGGAUCUCGGGUGCGAGCUGGUGACCGGAGCGGAGUGCGGGUGUCGUGGGGUCUCUGUGAUGAGUCUGCGGUGACGGCUCGCCGCGGAGCGGUUGGAUGGCGGCAGUGACUGGCCCCGCGCGGCACUCUCGCGUGUCAAUGAGUGUGUCAAUGUCGCUGAUGCAGGGCGGAACGCCGACCGCGUCGCAGGGCGCCAUCCUGGCGGCGGCGGCGCCCUACUACCAGACGCCGGCCAUCCCCUCGGAUGUUCAGCCUGACCGGCCGAUCGGCUACGGCGCCUUCGGUGUCGUAUGGGCGGUGACGGACCCGCGCGACGGUCGGCGCGUGGCCCUGAAGAAGCUGCCCAACGUGUUCCAGUCGCUCGUCUCCUCCAAGCGCGUCUUCCGCGAGCUCAAGAUGCUGUGCUUCUUCAAACAUGAAAACGUACUAUCGGCGUUAGACAUCCUUCAGCCGCCCACGCUAGACUUCUUCCAAGAAAUAUACGUGAUCACGGAGCUGCUACAGAGCGACCUGCACAAGAUCAUCGUGUCGCCGCAACAUCUCUCCGCCGACCACAUCAAAGUCUUCCUCUACCAAAUACUCAGAGGUCUAAAGUAUCUACACUCGGCUCGGAUCCUGCACCGCGACAUCAAGCCCGGCAACCUCCUGGUGAACAGCAACUGCGUGCUAAAGAUAUGCGACUUCGGCCUCGCCAGGGUCGAGGAGCCGGAUGCCAGCAAGAACAUGACGCAGGAGGUGGUCACGCAGUACUACAGGGCACCUGAGAUCCUAAUGGGCGCCAACCACUACACGGCGGCCGUGGACGUGUGGUCGGUCGGCUGCAUAUUCGGCGAGCUGCUCGGCAGGAGGAUCCUCUUCCAGGCUCAGAGUCCAGUGCAGCAGUUGGAGUUGAUAACGGAGCUGCUCGGCACGCCGUCGUUGGAAGACAUGCGGCACGCGUGCGCGGGCGCGCGCGCGCACAUGCUGCGCCGCGCGCCGCGCCCACCCGCGCUCGCCGCGCUCUACACGCUCUCCGUGCAGGCCACGCACGAGGCCGUGCAUCUGCUCGCUCAGAUGCUAGUGUUCGACCCGGCGAAGCGCAUCUCGGUGGUGGACGCGCUGGCGCACCCGUACCUGGAGGAGGGGCGGCUGCGCUACCACUCGUGCAUGUGCCUGUGCUGCUACAGCGCGCCGCCCGCCGCGAGGCACUACUCGCCCGACCUGGAGCCCGUCGCGCAGCAGCCCUUCCACGACGGCUGGGAGCGCAAGCUCACCUCCGUACACCAGGUCAAAGAGGAAAUCCACAAGUUCAUAGCGGAGCAACUGCAAACGUCCCGCGUACCGCUGUGCAUCAACCCGCAGUCCGCGGCGUUCAAGAGCUUCGCAAGCUCUAGAGCGGGUUCGAAAGCAAAAUUUUGUUCCCCUUUCAAGACGGCGGCAAAAAUACUACUGCUAUCGCCCGUGAUAUUUCUGUGCGCUGCGUAGCCUCGAGUCCCGCCGUAAGCGCUUCCGCACGCUUCUCUGUUGUCCAUCUCUACCGCUGCAAAUACUGAACCGGCCCACGCAGGAGAUUGUUUUGGCUCU